AUGGAGGUGGCCCGUACCUCCAUGAUCCAUGCGGCUGCUCCCCAUUUUCUGUGGCCGUUUGCGGUCCGGUACGCUGCGCAUCAGCUCAACCUCUGGCCCUCGUGUGUCCUUGCCGGAGACCUCGCCCACACUGCGUUGGACGAGGAAGGUUGGCGAUGCUUCGCGUUUUACCACCCCACCUCGCGCCGUAUCUUCCCCUCUCAAGACGUCACGUUUGACAAGUCGGUUCCCUUUUACCGACUCUUCCCCUACCGCACUGCCCCUCUCCCCCCCCUCGUCUUCCUUGUUCCAGGUCCCCCUCCGGUAGACCCCCUCCCCCCUCAGGGUCCUGCUCCUUCAGCCGAGCGUCCGGGGCCUGAGGGUGCUAUACCUGAGCGUGCGGAACCUGGGGGUGCUGAGCCUAGGGGUGCUGAGCCUGGAGGUACUGCACCUGAGCGUGCUGAGCCUGGGGUUGCUGCUUCUGGGGGUGCAGAGCUCGGUGGUACUGCUUCUGCUGGUGGUCUUCCGGGAGCCUCGCCGCAGUGGUCUCCCCAGCGUGAGCCCCUCUCACCACAGCAGCUGCGCGAGUGGCUUGCCCGGCGCACCCGCCUUCGGAGUCAUUCUGGAGCUGGAGGCACUGGAGCUGGAGGCGCUGGAGCUGGAGGUCCUGCCGUUGGAGGGACUGGAGCUAGAGGCACUGGAGCUGGAGGCACUGGCGCUGGAGCUACUCGAGCUGAGCCUGGGGGUACUGCGCUUGAGCGUGAGAGUCCUGGGGGUGCUGAGCCUGAGGGUGCUGAGCCUGGGGGUGCUACGUCAGCUGGUGGUCUUCCGGGUGCCUCGCCGCAGAAGUCUCCCCAGCGGGGGCCCCUCUCACCACAGCAGCUGCGCGAGUGGUUUGCUCGGCGCUCCCACCUUCGGAGUAGUGCUGCUGGGGCUGGUGGUGCUGGUGCUGGAGGUGCUGGAGCUGGAGGCGCUGGAGCUGGAGGCGCUGGAGCUGGCGACGCUGGAGCUGGAGCUGCUCGCGCUGGAGGCGCUCGAGCUGGAGAUACUGGAGCUAGCGACGCUGACGCUGGCAACGUUGGAGCUCGCGGCAUUGGAGCUGGUGAUGCUGGAGCUGGCGACGCUGGAGCUGGAGGUGCUGGAGCUGGAGGCGCUGGAGCUGGAGGUGCUGGAGCUGGAGGCGCUGACGCUGGGGACACUAGAGCUGGCGACACUGGAGUUGGAGGUGCUGGAGCUGGAGGCCCUGGCGCUAGGGGUGCUGGCGCUGGAGGUGCUGGAGCUGGAGGCCUUGCGCGACAGCGACCGUUUUUCUUGCCGUCACCGCAGCUGUUUGAGCUUCCGCCCGAGUCGGUACUCCGUCAGGUUCUUAGUCUUCCUUCGUCCACUGCCCUUCCUCCGGACUCACCGCUGCCUGCCCCGUCUCGUUACACUGAGCAGCCAGAGCGUCGUGGGCCUGCGUCUCGUCUUGACUCCCCUGUUCGCACUGCUCGUCGUGUCCCGCGUCCGCGUCCUCCUCCUGUGCCAGGUACUCACACUAUGGCACUUCGUCCUUCCACUGCUCCACAGCGCGUCCCUCUGCCGUCUCCUCCUGCGUCCUCUCUUCCUGAGAUUCCUGACCCUCAGUCUAACCGUGUUCGUGCUGCCAGCCCUACUGUCACGCGUCUCCUGGCUACUGUUGUCACUGACCCGUCGUUUGAGUCUACUACUGCGUCUGCCUUAGUUGCUGAGCUUGUGGACUUUGCUGCUGCCUGUCGUCUAGACUACGUCGCCAGUCCCGUUGGUGAGUCUGAGUCUGUCUGUCCUCCGUCUGUCGGGGGUGAGUGUGCUCUUGGCACGGACGUCCUUGAGGACAGGCAGGAGGACUUUGAGUGUCUUGCGGCUGCUGUACCUCAUCUCGUAGCCUGGCUGCUUGCACCUGAGGGAGACCCGGAUGCACUGGACAUCCUGACCCCACGCUCCUUCGCAGAGGCGAUCACGCGUCCCUACUCCUCUUAG